GCAGUCACCACCGCAGUCACCACCCCCUCUACCAUUCCCCGUCUGAGACACGUGCUCUACACCAUGGACGUCUCCCAGGUCUUCGCCACCACUCCAGACCCGGCCCUCUUCACGAGCAUGCUGUCCCCGGCCAGCCUGCGCGAGCCGCAGUUCCUGCCUCCCCCGGCCCCGGGUUCCGUCGCCUCGGCCCCGCCCGUCCUGAUCCCAGACCACGUCUACCAGGCCGUCCUCGACCCCAAGGUGCCCAUCACCAUCGCCGCAACCUACGCCGUCACUGCAAAGCUCCUGAACUGGUACAACACCACCAACAACAAGAGGCCCUGGGCCAUCAGCAAGACCCGCCUGUUCCAUGUCUUCAUCGUCCUCCACAACAUCUUCCUCGCCGUCUACUCCGCCUGGACCUUCUACGGCAUGGUCGGCGUCAUGCGCCGCAGCGUCGUCAACCCCUGGGGCCCCGAGGGCUUCAACGGCUUCGUCGACAGCAUGACCAGGCUUCACGGCCCCGCCGGUCUCGGCAACGCCGUCUACUACAGCCAGGACGAUGCCCAGUGGAGGUCCUAUUCCAACACCGUCGCCCUCGCCGGCGACGGCACCCCAAGCCGUACCGACCUCGGCCGCAUCUGGAACGAGGGCCUGGCCUUCUACGGCUGGAUCUUCUACCUGAGCAAGUUCUACGAGGUCCUCGACACCCUCAUCAUCCUGGCAAAGGGCAAGCAGAGCUCCGUCCUGCAGACCUACCACCAUGCCGGCGCCAUGAUGUGCAUGUGGGCUGGUAUGCGCUACAUGUCCCCGCCCAUCUGGAUGUUCGUCUUUGUCAACUCGGGCAUCCACGCCAUGAUGUACACCUACUACACCUUGAGCGCAUUCUAUAUCCGUGUCCCUGUGUUUAUCAAGCGAACUUUGACGAGCCUGCAAAUCACCCAGUUCCUCGUCGGCGCCUCGUACGCCAUGGUCCACUCCUUCGUCAGCUACAGCCUCCCCGUAGCAAAGACCGUCGUCCAGGAUCCUGCCGCGCCUGUUGUCGCUCCCGCUGACCCCGACAACUCUGUUCCUUCGCCCGCCCCUGCAUUCCUGGACAACCUCAAGCAGAUGGUCCUCGGCAUGGCAUCAAAGGUGACCACUUCCGCCGCCGCACAGGCAACAUCGGCCGAAGCUAACGCUGAGCCCGAGCAGUCCCCCACAACACAGACCGUCUACACCCAGGAGGUUGUUCCUUGCAUCAACACCACCGGCCAGACCUUCGCCAUCUGGCUCAACGUCCUGUACCUCGCGCCUCUCACCUACUUGUUCGUCAAGUUCUUCAUCACCAGCUACCUGCGGCGGUCUAGCGCGACCUCGGCACAGGGCAAGGGCAAGGGUUCCAUCGAGAGCCAGGUGACAGUCGCUGAGAAGGCCGGCUGGGAUGCUGCUCAGAGCAUCCAGCAGGAGGUCUACGGCGAGGGCUCUUCCUCCAGCAGCCAGGCAAACACGAAUGCCCAGGCAAAUGGAAAGGCGAGCCGCGUUCCAAAGCCGUCGACGACCCCGAGACGCUCGAGGCAUGCUUGAGGUCAAGAUGGACUCUGGCGAGAAAGAUGAUAUUCCACAUGUAGUACCCUUCAUUAAAAACAAAAGCCGGCAGCGACCCCAGAAAACACAAAAAGGACAGACGCAGGCUGGCGGGACAAAACUUCUAUCCAGGAGAGGGAAUAGACUGGCGGAGCGGCAAAGUCUAGAAUUGCAUAUUUAACGGAGUAACGGCUAGAGGGAAAGGCAUUAGCAUUGGGUUCACACAACCAGGUCGAUUCGCUGUGCAAAAGCCUCUCCCUUACAACUCGCCACCGGGCCCCUCAAACCUCGUCUUCUUCACGGCCGAUGGGGGCAUCGCUGGUGGUUGUUGGUGCUUGCGAAGAGGCUCCGCCCGGGUUUCUGGCGCGAAGCUGAGGCUUUAUGUUCCAAGGCCGCCCGCCCGUAGGACGUGGGCAUCUGGGGAAGUGACGAUGUCCAGCGGGCGAGUGUCGCAGGUGGGGCUGGCAUCGGUGGCUUUCGCACACAAGGGGGGAUGGACACUCUCUUACAGGGUGGGAAGGAUUAAAAACGGUAGAACAUUCAUCUACGGCGAUGACGCCUUUCUGAGUUUGAACAUGGAUCUUCCCCCCGUCUCGGAGCGUGAUACGUGGUGGUAUGCGCUUCUAUCGUUCUCUCCUGUUCAUGCAUAUGUGUGUGACCGACUGGGAGAGGAUGUCACCAUCGGGCCCGACCCCCAGGGUUCAUUCAUCUUGCAGUUCUCGCCGCAGAUCAGUCACCUCCAAUCUAUCGUACUUUUAUCGCCCAUUUCAGCUCUCCACAUAUGGGUCUCGACCGACCUUGAGGCAUCACCAGCGUAGCCUGUCACAAGCACGAUAUAUGACCGUAAUGAGUUAUUCAGUGUAUCUUCAAU